UUUUUUUUUUUUUUUUUUUUUUUGCAUGAAGAUGGCGGCGCCUCUCACCAGCAAGGCAGGGACCGCCGGCACCAACAGCAAACCUCCCUUCCCGGAGCUGGAUUUCCGAUCGGGAGCCAAGGUGGAGGAACUGAAUAAACUAAUCCAAGAAUUCACCAAACACGACCAGAGGGAGUACGACGACCAGCGAGCUCUGGAAAUCCACACGGCGAAGGACUUCAUCUUCUCCAUGCUGGGCAUGGUUCAAAAACUUGACCAGAAGCUGCCUGUAGCCAAUGAGUACCUGCUGCUUUCAGGUGGUGUGAGGGAAGGUGUGGUGGACAUUGACCUUGAUGAGCUGAAUGUCUAUGCACGAGGCACAGACUAUGACAUGGACUUCACCCUGCUUGUGCCUGCGCUGAAGCUGCAUGACCGCAACCAACCAGUGACGCUGGACAUGCGCCACUCGGCCUUAUGCCACUCCUGGCUGAGCCUGCGUCUGUUUGAUGAAGGAACAAUUAGCAAGUGGAAGGACUGUUGCACAAUUGUGGACCAUAUCAAUGGAGCUACCAAUUACUUCUUCUCUCCGACAAAGGUUGCAGACUGGUUCUAUGACUCCAUUAGCAUUGUCCUCUCCGAGAUCCAGAAGAAGCCCCAGCGAGGGAUGCCAAAGGUAGAAAAGGUAGAAAAGAACGGGACAAUCAUUUCCAUCAUUUUGGGAGUGGGCAGCAGCCGCAUGCUGUACGACAUUGUCCCUGUAGUGUCUUUCAAAGGCUGGCCAGCUGUGGCCCAGAGCUGGCUGAUGGAGAACCACUUCUGGGAUGGGAAGAUCACAGAGGAGGAAGUCAUAAGUGGGUUUUAUUUAGUGCCUGCAUGUUCCUACAAGGGGAAGAAGGACAAUGAAUGGAGGUUGUCAUUUGCCAGAAGUGAAGUGCAGCUGAAAAAAUGCAUCUCCAGCAGCCUCAUGCAAGCCUAUCAGGCCUGCAAAGCUAUAAUCAUCAAAUUGCUGUCCCGCCCCAAAGCCAUCAGUCCCUAUCACUUGCGGAGCAUGAUGCUGUGGGCUUGUGACAGGCUACCGGCCAACUACUUGGCCCAGGAGGAUUACGCAGCCCAUUUCCUCCUGGGUCUAAUUGACGAUCUCCAGCACUGCUUGGUCAACAAGAUGUGCCCUAACUAUUUCAUCCCCCAGUGCAACAUGCUGGAGCACCUCUCUGAAGAGACCGUCAUGCUCCACGCGCGGAAGCUCUCCUCGGUCCGCUCGGACCCCGCCGAACACCUCCGGACUGCCAUUGAACACGUCAAAGCAGCCAACCGGCUAACGCUGGAGCUCCAGCGCCGGGGCAGCACCACCAGCAUCCCCUCUCCUCAGUCAGAUGGAGGGGACACCAACCAGCCUGAUGACCGACUAGCCAAAAAGUUGCAGCAGCUAGUGACUGAGAACCCUGGGAAAUCCAUCUCUGUCUUCAUUAACCCAGAUGAUGUCACAAGGCCCCACUUCAGAAUUGAUGAUAAAUUUUUCUGAGCUUUCGUCAAUGUUUCUUGGGAUUGUUUUCUUUUGUUUCAUUUUUUAAAAAAACUCUUACAGUGUGCAGGUUUUUUAAUUUGGUUUUCCUUGGUGACUUAGUCUCUCUUUUUUUACAUAUCCAGCAUGGAUUGGAUCCGUCGAGAACAAUCUGAAUAAACUGUAAUUCCUGGUUCUGCAGGUUGGUGCAGAUUUUGAAACAGUGUAUUACAACUUCAUAUGCUGCUUUGAUUUUUUUUUCACCAACCCAGUGAGUAGUUUCUAAAGGAUAACAUGCACCAUGAACUCACAUACCGCAGUGUAAUGUAAAAAUUUUUUUCAAGCUCCCAUAAUGUAUGUACAUUUUUGGGCCUGGAGAAGGGACGACUCACCUUGCGUUGCUUCAGAAAUUCACUUCUGUUUCCAUGAGCUUCCAUCACCCUAAAGAAAUGAGGAGAGACUCUGGGUUGGAAAGAACUACUGGUAAUUUAACAAGGCCAAAUCUACUGGGCUGAAGCUCAGUUCAUCUGUUCUUCAUACUUCUCACACUCUAGGAGAAUGUUGACUUCAAAGAUGAUGAUGCAGCUUUUUGAGGGAAAGAGUUGUUUCUGUUUUGAUCUACUUUUUGAAUGUAAUUGUUCAUAUUUGGACCUUGUAUAGUCCAGAGGGUUGUUUCUGCUGCUUUUCCAUGUGGAAUAAGGUUAUGGAAUGUUAGUUUUAGUGUGUGUAAUUAUUCAAAGCCUUAUUUAAAUUCUAUUAAAGAACAUACCAUUAUAAAUGUUAAUUGCACUAAUGAAAUCUCUGCCAUUACCUCAGUCCCACUGUUUGUGUUUCUUUCAUGAAUUAGCAUCUAUUAUUAGGUCUCAGUAUUGCAGAUUGCUUGAGGCCUCUUGGGUCUCAUGGUUUCAGGUGAUUUCUUGAUUGUCGUUUGUAAAAGGCUCUUCCUUGUUAGCCUUGCUGUGUGUGAGAACUCAGAUUUUUGCAUUGGCAUAUUUCUUUGGAUGCGUAUCGUGUGUUGCAGUGCAUAUUGCAUUAAUAUGUAUUGCAUGUUGUUGAAACAGGUUUACCAUUAGAUAAGGAUGUAAUGCUAAAGCAGUGGUAUGUGCAAAGUGAAUCAUCCAGACUUCGAGCAAAGGAGCUACCUUGCUUCUGUAAUGCAUGUAUUAGGCCUGAUCCUUUAUGGUAGUUACCAUUCCCUUGACUCCUGUGGACUUUCUGACUUACCCUGGAACAUAUGAGACCCUGCUUAGGUCUCAUGUUUGCAGAAGUUGUGUUUGUAUGUAAACUUGUGGUGCAACAGUAGACUUGAAAAACACAUACGCUUUCCUUUGUUGUGUAGGAUAAGGUGUAUGGUAACAAGGGUUAGUCUGAGCCAAAAAUCAGUCCAAGAGUUCAAGGAUAGAGUGGCUUUUUGUGGCUGGCUGGCCAGUGACUGAUAUUUAGGCCUUACAUCAGCAAUUUGGGCUUACUGGUUAUCCCAGAGAAGCUGUUCUGAUCCAAACUUGAUGCAUGUUUUAAAAUCUGAUUAUUAGAGCAGGUAAAAGUGUUUUUUAAAUAUUUGACAGAUAAAUGAGGCUCAUAUCUAGUAAAUUCUGACAUAAAAAUCGUGUAUGAAAAAAUGUGUCACUUUUUUAGCCCAGCCAUUCUGGUAAAGAUACCAGGCUGGUGGAGCAACACACCAGCAGCUUUGGAAACUGCAUUACUUUAUUAGAUAGCAGAGAGGUUUUGAUACCUGAUCUAGUGCUCAAGUCAUGUCUCAAAACAAAACUUUGGCUUCUCCAUCUCUUGGGCAUAUUUGAAAAUUUCUCCCUAUUGCUGCAGCCAAGAUGUUCACAUUUACCUGAAUUUACUGGUACACACUCACAUGAGACUGAAGAAGCUGUCAGAAGUUGCUGGUGAGAUGGACUGCAUGAGGAUCUUUAUUUACAGCACAACUGACUGGUGAUCAUCAGCCCCGGUACAGCUGUGGUUAUGGCCCAGAGAGGGACACGUGUUGACUUCCAUGGAAGCAGAACCAGGUCCUACUAGUGUGGCUAUUGCCAAAGAUGAGUCUCUUGAAACCUGUGUAACCUGCCAGGGAAGGCAGGAGAACCACCUGGGAAUCCUCUCCAGAAGUGCUUGGAAAAUGCAGAUUCAUUGAAAUGGUCUUUUGCCUAGUCUCUGGGACUUCUAUCUGUGGGCAAGAGUCUGGGCUCCGAGAUGAAGUUUCCCAUCACCAUGUGAGAAAGACCUCUCAACACAAAGCAGUGGUAGCCUGGCAGGCAGAGCACUUUCCCAGGAGUCCCAAUAUCUGUGCCAGUGCUCCUGAGUUAUGCAAAAACACAGCUCUCAGCCUUCCUAAUGCCAGUUCAGUGUCCCAAUGACCAGCAGUUUGGCAAGCCCAUGUCAGGCUGUGGUGUGUGCUCCUUUUUUUUUGUUGUUGUUGUUUUGUUUUGUUUUGUUUUAAUUAAAAAACCUUUUGAAAAGUA